AAUAGAGAACAACAUCUGUUUGGCACACUGAAGUAUCAUUCACCUCUUUUCUGUCUCCAUGAGGACUGAAACCUGAGGUGUAAAAGCAGAGAAGGCGUCUACUGCUCGCUGGUAGACGCAGAGGGAAAACUUUGCAAGUGCUCUGGAGGAAGCGAGAUUCGCCCGGUGCGGUGGACGGGCGUUGAUCCCCUCUCCGGCCAUAGCAUCUUAACAAAUUGUCGGAGCGUCAAAAGUGUAGGAAUAUCAAUUCAUUCAUGCUUUCCCUUAAUUUUGCCUGAGUCCGCACAGACGUUUCGUGGUUUACGGAGGAAACUUCUAUUCUAUUUUGAAGGCGUUGUAGGAAGGUGCUGGUAUUGUGGCCAAGAGGAAAGAUAUGCUUUUUGAUCAAGAAGAAACAACCUAGGUGGGCACACAGUAACGCUUGACAAAAAUGCAAAAGAGGUCAUGGCACUUCAAAUGGUUAGGAAUAUGGAUAGGACUUCUGCUGUUAGCCACUUGUUGCCUGUCACAAGACACAGACGACUGGCAGUAUGAUGAAUGCAAACUCUCCAGGACUGGUCCACCUGCAACAAUUGUUGCCAUAGAUGAAGAGAGCCCAAAUGGAACGCUUUUGGUUGAGGAUAUGCAAAUCCAAGGCCGAGCGGAAGACCCAGGCAGAACCAUCUCUCUCUCCCUCCGAGACAACUACAACCACUGGGUAAUUCUGGACCCGGUCAGACAGAGACUCUACCUCAACAGCACCGGCAGGGCCCUCGACCGAGAUCCCCCCUCCUACAUCCAUUCCAUCGUGGUCCAGGUUCAGUGCACCAACGAACUGGUCGGGAGCAUCAUUCUACACGAGGUGCGCAUCGUUGUGAGGGAUCGCAAUGACAACGCGCCCCAGUUCCAGAAGCCUCGUUACUAUGUCGCCAUAAAUGAGUUGACCCCAGUUGGCACCACCAUCUUCUCCGGCUUCACUGGGAAUAAUGGAGCUCUGGACAUUGAUGAUGGCCCAAACGGACAGAUCGAAUACAUCAUCCAGUACAACCCAACUGACCCGAUGGCCAACAGGACGUUUGACAUCCCUCUCACCCUUUCUGGCUCAAUGGUCCUGAGGGAGAGGCUCAACUAUGAGGAGAUCACUCGCUACCUGGUCAUCAUCCAGGCUAAUGACCGUGCCCCAUACCCCAACAAACGUCUCACCGCCACCACCACCCUGACCGUAGACGUGCUGGACGGGGAUGACCUGGGGCCUAUGUUCCUGCCCUGCUCGCUGGUCGACAACACGCGUGACUGCAGCCCCCUCACCUAUCGGGCCCACAUCCUGGAGCUCACUGACCCAAGUAAAGUGAACCCUGUCAACGUGACGCCCAUCAUUCAGGCCGUAGACCAGGACAGGAACAUCCAGCCUCCAUCUGAGAGGCCAGGGAUCCUCUACUCCAUCCUCAUUGGUAAGCCUGAGAAGUACGCAGACUUCUUCUCUCUGAACCGAACCACCGCCAAGCUGAAUCUCCUCAAACCGCUCAACAGGGACCUGUACCAAAGAUUUGACUUGGUAAUAAAGGCAGAGCAGGACAACGGCCACCCCCUGCCUGCGUUUGCUAACCUCCACAUCGAGGUUCUGGAUGAAAACAACCAGGCACCAUACUUUCAAGAGACCACGUACCAGGGCUUCAUCAUCGAGUCAGCGCCAGUGGGCACCACAUUGUUCACCGACGUCAGCCUCACCACCCCCCUGGGCAUCAAGGUCCUGGACAACGACAUUGAGGAGAUGAAAGAUCCCAUGGUGCAGAUAUCCUUGGACAACUACAACACAAUUUUCAUGGUGACACCUUCGGGGAUUACUCGCUACCUGACACUGCUGAAGCCUGUGGACCGUGAAGAGCAAGACAGCUAUACGUUCACGAUGGUGGCUUCAGACGGAGUUCAGGAGAGCCCUACAGUGACUGUUCAUAUCACUGUGAUUGAUGCCAAUGACAACACACCAACCUUCCCCAACGCCUCAUACAGUGUUAAUGUUUACACAGACAUUCAGCCCGGGGAAACUGUAUUACAGCUGACAGCCCUGGAUGCUGACGAGGAUCCCAACGGGCUGGUGACUUACAAGAUCCUAGCGGGGAAUCAAGGCCACUUCGUCAUCAAUAACCGCUCGGGAGUGAUCACUGUGAUGCCUGGCGUCUCCCUGGCAGUGGGACGCUCCUAUGCCCUGACCGUGAAGGCCAUGGAUAACGGCCUGGAGUCCCAGAGGAGGAGCUCCAUCACCACGGUGUACAUUGAGGUGCUCCCCCCCAACAACCAGAGCCCCCCACGCUUUCCCCGCUUCCUCUACAGCCUGGAGGUCAGUGAGGCCAUGAGGACCGGAGCCACUCUCCUCCACCUGCAGGCGAAGGACCGUGAAAGAGAUCCUAUUUCCUACAGCAUCCAGAGCGGAGAUCCCCACCAUCUCUUUGAGCUCUCCCAAACGUCAGGGCUGUUGGUCCUGGGGAAACCGCUGGACAGGGAGACAGAGGAUCGCUACACUCUCGUUGUAACAGCCUCAGAUGGCCAUCCAGAAGGAACCUCCACGGCUACUGUGAAUAUUGUGGUCACUGAUGUCAACGACAAUGACCCCGUCUUCGAUCCACUCAUGCCCCAAAACGUAACAGUUACAGAGGAGGAGGCCAACUCUUUUGUGGGCCAAGUAAAGGCCACAGAUCCAGACGCGGGGGUUAAUGGCCAGGUGCACUACCGACUGGUCAACCACGCCAACCUCUUCAGGGUCAACUCCAAUGGCACCAUCUCCACCGCCGUGCCUCUGGACCGAGAGGUCAGGGGUCAGUAUGACCUCAUUGUGGAGGCGGAGGACGGAGCGGUGGAGGACCCCAGGAGGACCACACUGACUCUGUCGGUGACCGUGCUGGAUGUGGAUGAUAACAGUCCGGUGUUCUCAAAACUAUCCUAUACGGUCAAUCUGCCGGAGAAUAGUCCUAAGAAGACAGUCAUCCUGCAGCUUACCGCCAAAGAUGCUGACCUGGACUCCAACAUCACCUUCCGUAUCCGGACCCCGGAGGCCAAGCAACUGUUUGAUGUCAACCCAGUGACUGGAGAGCUCUCUGUGCUGCAGACGCUGGACUUUGAGACCCUGGCAGCCUCGGACCACACCUACACCUUCAUGGUGGAAGCCCACAGUGGAGGGAGCAUGCCCCCAGGCAUGGCCACUGUCACUGUAAAGAUAACGGAUAUGAAUGACUACUCUCCAGUGUUCAGCCAGGCGUUGUACAGGGGCAUGGUGGCUCCCAACGCAGUCAAGGGGACCGUGGUCACCACGGUACAGGCAGAGGACCUAGACCCCCCUGGCACCCCUGCCAGCCAUGUGCGUUACAGACUGGACCUCGAUGAGGACCCUUACAGCGGCAGCAUCUUUGACGUGGACGAAGUCACAGGCAGUGUCAUCACACGUGUCAACCUCAAUGAAGAGCCCAAUCUAGUGUUUAGUCUAAUCAUUGUUGCCUAUGACGACGGGGAGCCAGUAAAAGUCAACAAGACCCUGGUGGUUAUCACUGUCCUGCAGCCCUCCGUUAUACCAGUCUUCACCCAGGAGGAAUACAGGUUUCCCCCCGUGAGUGAGAUGGCUGAGGUGGGGAAGGUGGUCGGGGUCAUACUGGCUGCUGCUGUCAAUCAAACGAUAAUCUACUCUAUAGUGGAGGGCAACGAGGGAGGUGUAUUCAGGCUCAACAACCGCACUGGGGUGAUCUCUACGGCCAAGCUGCUGGACUACGAGACCAACGCCAGCUACAUCCUCAAAGUGGAGGCUGACUCCAUGGGAGUGUCCGGUUCCAAUCUCAGAGCGCCCUCCAAGUCUAACACAGCGAGGGUGUUCAUUGAUGUUUGGGAUGAGAAUGAUCACCCUCCUGUCUUUACCAAACCCUUGUACCUGGGAGGAGUGGCAGAGGACGCCAAGACAUUCACUUCUGUACUACAAGUUCAGGCCCUGGACAAGGACACAGGGAAUUACAGCUCCAUGCAAUACAGGAUUAUUAUCCCCCCCACCACCGACGGCAAGGACGGCUUUGUCAUUGAGCCCUACACCGGCGUCAUCAAGACUGCCAUUAUGUACAGGAACAUGCGACGUUCCUACUUCAAGUUCGAAGUGGUCGCCACUGACAAUUACGGCGAGGGGGGGCUGAGCAGCAAGGCAGAGGUGGUGGUAUCUGUAGUGAAUCUGCUGGAUAUGCAGGUGGUGGUCUCCAACGUUGCUCCUACAGUGGUGGAACAGAACAAGGACAAGCUCCUCAGGAUCUUGGAGCGCUAUGUGCAGGACCAGAUUCCCGGGGCCAAAGUGGUGGUGGAGUCCAUCGGGCCGCAGCGGUUCGGCGAUGGCUUCGAGCAGGAGGACUACUCCAAGUCAGACCUGAUGGUAUACGCCAUCGACCCUCUGACCAACAGGGCCAUCUCACGCCAGGAGCUGUUCAAGUUUCUGGAUGGGAAGCUGCUGGACAUCAACAAGGAGUUCCAACCUUACCUGGGCCGAGGCGGGAGGAUCCUAGAGAUCCGCACACCGGACGUGGUGACCAGUGUGAAGAAGGCUGUGCAGACCGUGGGCUACACAGAGGGGGCGCUGCUCGCCCUAGCCAUCAUCAUCAUCCUCUGCUGCAUCCCCGCCAUCCUCAUCGUCAUCAUCACCUACAGGCAAUUCAAAGAGAGACAGGCGGAGUGUGCUAAAACUGCUCGGAUCCAAAUGGCCCUCCCUACAGGCAAAUCAGUGGGCGCCACCACCAACAACCUUUACGAAGAGCUUGGGGACAGUGCCAUACUAAAGAGUAAGCGCUGUGUGCUAGAGGAAGGUGACCGCCAGAGGCUCAUAAGCACAUUUGCCACACGGGCCAUCACUGCCCACAAGCAGUCCAGUGCCAAUGGGAUCCUCCUCAACAAUAUGCCCAAGUCCGAGAGCAACAUCACGUUAUUCUCGGACGAGAACCCCCUAACCACCAAUAACCCCCUGUUCGACGAAGGCACGGGCACACUCAGCAGCCCAGAGACCCUGGGGAAGCACCAGAGGAGGAUGGACCUCCUGGGGACCUACUCCCCUCCUCAGGCCCCUCAAGGCCUGAGAGACUCCUUCCUGAGGUUCAAUUCCGGUGGCUCGGGCCACUCCUGGACCCUACCUUCCAGGCUCCACAGGAAGGAGAUGUAUGAUGCUCUGAGGAGACAGGUGGUGAUGGACCCGGUGCAGUGGGAGCUGGAGAAGCUGAAGACUGAGCUGAAGGACAGUAAGGACAUGUUGGACGGCCUGGACUGGGAAAACCUGGGGCGCAGCACCUACCUGGAGCCUAAGCCCCUGUCGGUGAAGGAGCAGGCCAGGCAGUUUGAGCAGCAGGCCAUGAGGGAGAUGAAGCAGAGGCAGAGCCGGGACUCCCGGGGGUCUCUCUCUCCAGACUUCCUGAUGGGGUUGGGGUUCGACAGCCCGCAGCACCGGGCCAGAGAGGACCGACAGUCUCUGGGCUCCAUCCUGGGUAGCGACAGCCCCCAGCACCACCACCACUCUGUGAGCUCCAUCCUGGGUAGAGAGGACCGCCACCUGGGCCAAGACAGAGAGGGACCACCCUGCAUCAUUAUCACCCAGAGCGAUGGAACUCCACCCCCCAGCCACAAGCCCACUCCACCUGUCCUGCGCAGGUUCAGCUCCAGCUUCUCCAGCUACAACUCAGCCUCCACCGAACCCUACGAGGUCAACCUGGAGGUCAUCCCUGACCCCCCUGACAUGCCCCCUCCGCCCCCACCCAACUACCCUCCUUCCCCCUCCACGCCUCCUCCUCCCAACUCUCAUCCGCCCCUCACCCUUAACUAUGGCAAAAACCCUGCCCCACCCCCUCCUCCGCCUCUCCCUCCUCCUCUGUCCCCUUCCCUCAAUCGUCCAUCUACGUUUGUGCUCCCCCCCCUGCCCGCUGUGACCACCCUGAGACCCGUGUCCCUGCGCCCUCCCCCUCCGCCCCUCCCCACCAAUCCCGAGCCCCCCAGGAAGGAGCUGAAGGGAAUCCUGAAGAACAUACAGAACAUCGCUGACAUCGAGAAAUCUGUUGCCAACAUGCACAGUCAAAUAGACAAAAAACAGAUGCUUCCACGGAGCGUCCUGAGGCCACGAGGGUCUGUGGAUUCCAUGGACUCUUUAAAUGGCAUACUAGACACUGCAGAGACAGUAGCCCCCACCACAGCAGAGGUACAGGCAGAGGCUCCGGUUGCAGAACAACCACAGCAGGUGCAGGUCCAGCCAAACGUUAACAUGAACUCUAUAGUAGAAGAGCUGGAGAAACGCUUCCCCUCUCAGUCCACUGCAAUGUGACUCUCUCCUUCUUCUCUCUCUUUCUUCAUGGACUGUUUCUUCAUUUUUUGUUAAUUUUGAAAUUCAUUCUUUAUCUUUGUGUGUUCAUUCUUUGUUUGUGUGUCAUCUAUGUAUUUUUUCAAGGGAGUUGUUUCAAUCAGACAUCGAUAUUUAUUUAUUUAUGUACGUAUGGUUAGUGAUGUAUUUUUAUUUAGCCUAUAGUUAGCCUAUAAUUGUUUAAUUCUAUUGUCACCUAAAGAUGAAGAGUCUAGAGUAUUCUAACCAUCAGUUUCAUAAAAAGGAAAAAUCAUAUUCAUUGCACUCAAGUCAUUUCAACCAUUUUGAGUCUCGUGGUCAAAAUCCCAAAAGGAAUUUUCCCAACCUGAGACCUGAAAGAUAUAUAAUGAAAGCGCUCCAGUACAUUGGAUUACCUUGAAGUCACACCCCAGCAAACCGGGAACAUUCCCAGAA